GUACUCAUAAACCAAUCAAAAAAAGAAAAAAAGAAAAAAAACAGAGAGAAAAGGAGAUAAUGUCUGCUUAUGCCUCAUUAAACUCUCUCUUCUUUCUCACCUUCUUCAUUACAAGUUUAAGAGCUUAUGCACAAUUACAAGACCCUACUUACGUCGGCCAUGUUUGCAGUAACAGGAUAUCAACAAACACUAGUGACAACUCAAAUGUCGGAUCCGUUUUGAUUUCUCUUUCUUCAAACAAUUCUUUCUUCUCCAAUGGAUCAAAUAUCAUCACAGAGGGUCAAAACCAUGACAAGGUAUUCGGAGUUUUUCUCUGCAAAGGAGAUAUCUCCGCGGAAGUUUGCCAUGAGUGCGUUGCAUUUGCUUCUAAGGCCGCUCUGAAACGAUGUCCAGGAGGGAAAGAGUUCUUGAUUCAGUAUGACGAAUGCAUGCUUGGAUACUCGGACCGGAACAUUUUCAUGGAUCCUGAUGCCACAACAGCAAUAAUCACUUGGAGCAAUCAGAAUGUUACGGCCGAGCAAUCUGGCCGGUUCAACGCUGCGGUCGUCUCUCUGUUGAAAAAGUCUGCAGAGGAAGCGUCUAAUAGCAAAACAAGAAAGAAAUUUGCGGUUAAUAAGUCUGAUUUCACUUUGUCCCAAACGCUUUAUGCAUCGGUUCAGUGUAUUCCUGAUCUGACUAGUGAAGACUGCUUAAGCUGUCUUCAACAGUCUAUCCGAAAACUAUAUUUCAACAAAGUCGGUGGAAGGUUUCUUGUCCCGAGUUGUAACUCAAGGUACGAGAUUUACCCUUUCUACAAUGAAACAAUAGAGGGAACUGUUCUUCCUCCCCUGGAUCCGGCUCCUCCAUUGCCACCGGUUUCAGCUCCUCCUGGAAAGAGGAAAAAUUCAACAAAGAUAAUCAUAGCUAUUGUUGUGUCGGUCGCUAUCUCUGUUCUUCUUUUUCUAGCAGUUUUUAGCUUCUAUGUAACAAAGAGAGCGAAGAAGCCUCAUGACACAGCAGCUGAAAAGGAUGAAGGGGAUGACAUUACAACUGCAGGCUCACUGCAGUUUGAUUUUAAGGUUGUUGAAGCUGCGACAGAUAAGUUUUCUAUAUGUAACAAACUAGGUCAAGGCGGAUUUGGACAAGUUUACAAGGGCGUACUUCCUAAUGGAGUACAAGUUGCGGUGAAGAGACUAUCGAAAACAUCAGGACAAGGUGAAAAAGAGUUCAAGAACGAAGUUGUUGUGGUGGCAAAGCUUCAACACAGAAAUCUAGUCAAGCUUCUCGGAUUUUGUUUGGAGAGAGAAGAGAAAAUACUUGUCUACGAGUUUGUGCGUAAUAAAAGCCUUGAUUACUUCUUGUUUGACUCUAAUAAGCAGAGCCAGUUGGAUUGGACUACACGGUAUAAGAUCAUAGGAGGAAUUGCUAGAGGAAUUUUGUAUCUCCAUCAAGAUUCACGACUCACAAUCAUACAUCGUGACCUCAAAGCAGGUAACAUCCUCUUGGAUGCUGAUAUGAACCCGAAAGUUGCAGAUUUUGGAAUGGCGAGGAUCUUCGAAUUGGACCAAACAGAAGACAAUACGAGACGAAUAGUUGGAACCUAUGGUUACAUGUCUCCCGAGUAUGCGAUGUAUGGCCAAUUCUCAAUGAAAUCUGAUGUUUAUAGCUUUGGAGUAUUAGUUCUUGAGAUUAUAAGCGGAAGGAAGAACAGCAGCCUCUAUCACAUGGAUGCUAGUUUUGGAAACUUGGUUACAUAUACUUGGAAGCUAUGGAGUAACGGUUCGCCACUAGAGCUAGUGGAUUCGUCCUUUCGAGAGAAUUACCAAAGAAUCGAAAUAAUUAGAUGCAUCCAUAUUGCAUUAUUAUGUGUCCAAGAAGAUACUGAAAAUCGUCCAACCAUGUCAGCGAUAGUCCAAAUGCUUACUACUAGCUCGAUCGCCCUCGAUGUACCUCAACCACCAGGAUUUUUCUUCCGGAGUAAUCAUGAGCAAGCAGGUCCAUCGAUGGAUAAGUCUUCUCUUUGUUCCAUUGAUGCUGCAUCGAUUACUACUUUAGUUCCUCGUUAGAGACAAACUAAGCCAAAAUUAAUUUCAUUUUUUUUUGUGUUCAUAUUAGAAUCUAGGAUAAUGUUACUAGAUUUGAGGUCAUACAAUAAGGACUUCCUAGAGCAUUGACUCCAGUGAUAAGCAUUGACUCCAGUGAUAUUGUGUAUAUAUAUAUACUUUUAAUCCAUAUAUAUGUACCCCUCAUUUGAAUGGUCUGAAAUAUCAGUGUCUAAAUAAUUACAACCGGUCCCAUAUUGUCUCUUUGGGACGACUCGUGUGUAGAUAUUUUGUUGAGUCAACCGUAGAUUGUUACAAACGAAAAAGAAGUGAUCCACGAGGACAACAACCAUAGACAAAUGGACGAAGUCAACAUCGAGAAAACUUUAGCAGCCACUGUCGAAGACAAUUAUUAAAGACAAAUGCGAAGUCUCUUAGCUGUUUCACAAUUAUUAUUAUCUCUUAAAAUCCAAGCCUACGGGGAGAGUAAAGAAAGUUACGGACUGGAUUAAUUAGGAUCAUGAAACUACGUGUUUUAUCUUCUACUCUUCUUUUAUUUCUUGUAAAAAAUGGUUCUAUCUUGUUGUCCCAAAGUCUCCGAGCUUAGCAGACAUUAUUUAUAUUUGUUGAACAAUACAAGUUCAUGUCACUCAUAUAGUUAGACAUUAUUGACUUGAAAGAACUUGUCUUAUUUAACAGAAAGAAACACAUUGUACUGUCUUUAACAAAGAAAUUUGACUGACU